AUGGCUCUGUCAGCCUCACUCGUCGCGUUGUCAGCUUUGGCCUUUUCCCAUGCAUCAAGAGCAUCGUCACACACGAACCACUCGUCAACUUUUCCAGCAUGCGUCGCUUCUAUGGACGGACAGUUACCCUCUGCGACUCCUGCCGACUUCGAAUUCUCUGGUACUGUGCGACGUUACUACAUCGCUGCUGAGGAAGUCGAAUGGAACUACGCUCCGACUGGUUGGGACAACUGGCUCGGUGUGCCGCUGAAUCUUUCUCCACGCGCGAACGCCGUCGUGGGGUCAUAUAAUACCACCUACCUCAAGGCACUUUAUCGAGGCUACACAGAUGACACCUUCACCCAGAUGUCUGAACAACCCCCGUGGCAGGGCACUCAGGGCCCAACAGUCCGAAGCGAAGUUGGCGAUAUGGUUGAAAUCAUGUUUGUCAACAAGCUGUCUCACAACUACGCUACAAUGCACUCCGUGGGUCUUGCAUACAACAAGAUGAAUGAAGGGGGAGACUCUCCGCCCGUCGCUUCUGCUGUUGGACCAGGAGAAUGUGCCGUCUACAAAUGGCUGGCAAACGAAGGCGCUGGACCAAACGACAACAGUCCAGCUUGGGCACAUAGCUAUCACUCUUAUGUCGACCUUGAUAUUGACCUCAACUCUGGUCUCUUGGGUCCCCAGAUCGUGUAUGCCUCAGGACAGAUGAACGCGACCAUGCUGAAAUACAAAGAGUUCUCCUUGCUCUACAUGAUCUACAAGGAAGGCCAGUCUUUCUUAUCUGCUGCAAAUGCCCAGAGACUGAACGGCAACCACUCGGCUGAGGCGAUGUCUUCGAAAUGGGGCAUGUUGGACACGGAGCACCUUUGGAGCGGGGACUAUUCAAGCUGGCAUCCUCAACUCGUCAACAUGAACAGUUCUUACCGGUUCUCGGGAGCAGCAAGUUUCCAUACUAUGAAUGGCUACAUAUUCGCCAACAACCCACCCUUCGAGAUGUGCCAGAACGAUCAGGCUAUCUGCUAUGCCUAUUCAUAUGGAGGGGCAAGCCACGUGUUCCAUAUGCACGGUAAUGGUGUGAUGGAUGAUGGGAGAAAGCAGUUCUCUGUGAGUCUGAACGAUGGUGUCAGCAAGACUCUCUACAUGAGUGCGAGUGACACGGGUCUGUGGCAAGUCAUUUGUCACGUCAGUAACCAUCAUCAGGAUGGCAUGGUGGCCAACUAUCUGGUCAAAGACAGCGCAUUGUGUGCCAAGUAG